CUUCUGCUCUUCCCACCCCUCUCUCUCUCUCUCUCUCUCUCUCUCUCGUUGUUUUGCUAUAUAAGGCAGUCAGAUUUUGUGGUUUCUGCUUCCGUAGAAUGAAUCUGUGAAUUGCUGUUGAUUAACACCCGAUAAUGAAAUAAAUAAGGAAAGAGAGCAAGAAAGAAAGAAAGCAGUUUUGCUUUUGUUCUUCGAACGGACAUGAUGGACUGUUCAUUUUCUCUUCUUUUUUCUCUCUUCCCAAACACACCAAGCGGAGAUUCUCAGUGAGUGAGCAACUCGCUGACUCGCUGACUCGCUGACUCACUGAUCCAAAUCAAUUCGCCAUCGCCGCCAUAAUCGCAAAUGAUGAGAUAUCAGAGAGUAAGUCCAGAUUGUCUCCCCUUAAGCAAUGGGAAAAAGCCGAACGGCGUGGAGAACGCUAUAACUUCAUCUUCUUCUUCUUUUGAACAACAGUCCAAAUCCUUCAGAUUCAGAUCACCGUCAAGAACAACAACCCAAGAUCACCACCACAGCAAUCAUCAUCAGCAUACUUCUACUUUUGACAACAACAACAACAACAACAAUAACAACCAUUUCCACCAUGAAAGCAGCCUCAGCCCAAGCCCCAGCCCCAGCCCCAGCCAUGGCGGCGAUAUUCUGCUGCAAUGGGGUCAUAAGAAGAGGUCCAGAGUCUCGAGGACCGAGAUCCGAGCCCUCACCGACGACUCUUCAUCAUCAUCAUCUGCCAAACAACAACAACCACAACAAGCUCUUAAACCUCAAAGGAGAGUGGUGGGUCCCACCACGGCCAUGCCUCCGCCGCCUCCUCCUCCACCGCCUUUGCUUUCAUCUUCUUCUAAUGGCAGAGCCAGAAAAGACUCCUCUGGGUCCCACCCCGGCAGGAAUUUAGAAGAUCGAUCUGGUGUUGUAAAUGGAUCACCAUCAAGAAACUAUGCAGGCAACAACCGUGCUGCUUCUAGAUCUACGGCGGGGGGUAAGCGAUCUCCGCAGCCGGAGAAGAACGAGAGGAAGAAUUUUUCUUCAGGAAGGUCAGCAAAUGAUAAGCCAAAUGGUUCUUCAACGCCAGUUCGCUCCAAUCACAACGAUUCCGCAUCGUUGCGAACAGAACAAGAAGGUGGAGCCACCCAUGCUAAUCCUGCUCCGAAAGAAGAGAAGGUGAAUGUUGAGAUGAUGGAAUGGCCCAGAAUUCAUAUUGCUUUGUCAAGAAAGGAGAAGGAAGAUGAUUUCCUUGUUAUGAAAGGCACGAAGCUUCCCCAGAGGCCCAAGAAAAGGGCCAAGAAUAUUGAUAGAGCACUCCAGUAUUGUUUCCCGGGGAUGUGGCUGUCUGACUUGACAAGGAAUCGCUAUGAAGUUAGGGAGAAGAAAUGUGUGAAGAAGGAAAAUUCUUCCCAUUGGUCUUACCUCUCCCGGGAUUCUUCUGCAAGAAAUUUAGCAAAAGCGAAGGGGGCUGAAAGGAAUGGAAAGCGUGGACAGCGAUUCAGAGUAGUAGAAUCAUAAUAUAUUUGUUCUAUUUGUGUAGUCUUAUGGAAUUGGAAUCGAGGAGAGAAAAACAAAACAAAAGAAAAAGAAGAAAAAGUCUCUCGGGCUUCUCAGCUGGUUUGAAUUACAAUAUACAAAGUGGGUGUGUGUGGGAUCCACCCAUGACCUUUUGCAAUCCAGUUGCUUUUCGGUCCCUCUUGAAUUAUUUUUGUUGUGAAAAUUACUCCGAAUAUUACCGGUUUUAAACACCAUCAUUAAUACUUUUAUGACCUUGGACUCACUUUCUAUUUGCGGUGGCAGCUCGGGUGCUCUGUAGUGGUGUUGUUUUUAUUGUUGGGGAGCCAUUAGGCGAGCAUAGGAGAGGCACUCAGACUAGAGUCUUGUAAAAUUCGAAAUACCAUUUUUCCCAUUUUGGUGAACGAGAAAAGAGCUAAAGCCCCCUGAAGGGAAAUCCAUUUGAUUUUGGCCGACCACUUAGUGUACUUCAAUUUGAUUUUGGCUGAAAUUGAAGCUUUGUACUUGUAGCUUGUAUUGCGAAUUUUGGGG